GCCAAUCCGCUGUUCAGCCAAAAACUAUCUACGUCCAACCCUUGCGCAUCAUUUAUCAUCAUCAUCAUAACCAUCAUCAUCCCCUCCACCACCCCGCGACUCUCUCAACCCGACGGGGCCCUACCAUCAACUCUUCACUCUCCCUCGCGUAAGCAGCGCCCGGCCAUCUUCUUGCUGCUGCUUCUUGUCCUUCAGCUAUCUCAUCGCAACCUCACCAACGCAACAACAAGCUCAAUCACCUCACCGCCCUCUUUGCCCCUUACUGCACCAAGCAUGGCCGACGCUGACCCGACCGUAUGGAAAUUUACCCAGUGUUUUGGCGACAAGGGCGAUGUUGAGGAUAUAACAGAAGCCGAUAUCAUAUCAACCGUCGAGUUCGACCAUACGGGCAAUUAUCUUGCAACAGGAGACAAAGGAGGGCGAGUCGUGCUGUUUGAGAGGAACGAGACGAAGAAAACAUGCGAGUACAAAUUCCAUACGGAGUUUCAGUCACAUGAGCCGGAAUUUGACUACCUAAAGUCCCUCGAGAUAGAAGAGAAAAUCAACAAGAUUAAGUGGUGCCGUCGCCAAAAUGCGUCGCACUACCUUCUAUCCACUAACGACAAAACGAUAAAGCUCUGGAAAGUUUUUGAGAAGUCGCUCAAGGUGGUAGCCGAGAACAACCUAUCGCAAGAUGUCACACCAGGAAACAUAACCGGUGCAGGUGGUGGUGCUCCUAGGCCACUCCCACAGACACAGUUCAAGAACGCCGCAGAGCUGAAGUUGCCCCGCCUAACACAUCAUGAUACGGUUGUGGCUGCGGUUCCCCGGCGCACGUACGCCAACGCACAUGCCUAUCAUAUCAAUAGUAUCUCAGUCAACAGUGACGGCGAAACUUUCAUAAGUAGUGACGACCUACGUAUCAACCUGUGGAAUUUGAAUAUCCAGGACCAAAGCUUCAACAUUGUGGAUAUCAAACCUGCCAACAUGGAAGAGCUCACAGAAGUCAUCACUGCUGCCGAAUUUCACCCUGUUAGUUGCAAUUGGUUUAUGUAUGCUAGCUCUAAGGGCACCAUCAAGCUAGCUGACAUGCGAGAGAGCGCUCUGUGUGACCAGCACGCAAAACUGUUUGAACAGGAUGAAGAUCCUGGAGCAAGAUCCUUCUUCUCCGAGAUCAUCUCCUCUAUUUCUGAUGUCCGGUUUUCUCAUGAUGGUAGAUAUAUCCUAUCCCGAGACUACCUCACUGUGAAGAUUUGGGACGUCAACAUGGAACGGCAGCCCGUGAAGACAAUACCCAUUCACGAGCAUCUUCGUCCAAGGCUGUGUGACACGUACGAAAACGAUAGCAUCUUCGACAAGUUCGAGGUUGUCUUCUCCGGUGAUGCCAAGAAUGUUAUGACCGGAAGUUAUAACAAUAACUUCAUGAUAUAUCCCUCGGAUCCCGAGAAAGAGACGGAGGUCGUUCUGCAGGCUGACAAGUCCGCAUUCAAAGCGAAGAAGGUUGGCAUACCGACGCCAAUUAACUUAUCAACAAGCCCUACGGCGACAAAUGGCAAUAAGAAGGGAGGGUCACGUGCAGGCAGUCCAGCGGCGGGGGCAGGCCAGGGCCAAAGAAUGCGGAAGGAGACGGAUGCAGACCAAAUCGAUUUCAACAAGAAGAUUCUUCACAUGAGUUGGCAUCCAUUCGAAGACAGUAUCGCAAUCGCUGCAACCAAUAACCUGUUUGUUUUCUCUGCGUUGUAGAAGCAAGCAAUGUAAUAUUCUGUCCCUUCCCACCAGUAUAUUGCGUGGCAGUCACCACCUUCACUAGAGCAUAGGGAUACCCGGUCGCCUUUUGAGGAGUUGCGUCUGGAAGUUUCGGUGGUUUCCCUUCCCAUCUGCAUUCGACCAAUUCCACCUUACAGCACUUCUGCCUACCAUUCAGACCGACUACAUAGGCUGCUGUUGAAAAACCUACAGUGACAAAUACAAUGACCUAUUUGGUGGCACCUAACGUUUCAUACCUGUGAUGCCAUUUCACACCCUGAAGAUACAUGUGUGCGUGAUGGGACUUCCAUACCAUACCAAGGUUGGAAGGCGCCAACGCUGAAUGAUAGAAGACCUACAACAGCUGAGGCAGCACGAGCAUAUUGGGGGUGAUAGUGAUCGCAUUAAGGGAUACCUCUGCACAGGGUAGAAAACAACCUUGUUUUAUCAGCUCAGUAACAUAGACAUUAAAGACAGGCUGGCAGCAUAUACGAGAUAUCAAAUGCAUUGGUGAAAGUACAGUCAAGAUGAAACAGCCGGUGUCAUCACCGUUAUCCCAUCUACCUAGCAGCUACUAUGAAUCUGGAUAUCACUUUUAGAACUCUUUGAAUAACAUGUAGACUGCCUACAUAUAUGCUAGGUCCUUCAAGUUAUAGUGUGAGGUAUUGCAGAACGUUCAUAUACAGUAAAUAUAUUUACACUGUAUGUCAUAGGUAGGUACCUCAGAAGUACC